UGGGAUCAUGUGACCAUGGCAGACCGCGAACUGGCCUUUAAAGCUGGUGAUGUCAUCAAAGUUCUGGAUGCUUCCAACAAGGACUGGUGGUGGGGCCAGAUCGACGAUGAGGAGGGCUGGUUUCCCGCCAGCUUUGUCAGGCUGUGGGUAAACCAGGAGGACAGUAAUAAUGCUGUAGAGCCAGCGGAAGGUUCUGGAGAAGUCCAGAAUGGACAUGCCGAGGCCAGUCCGAACCCCAGUACUGACUGUCUGUGUUUGGGCCAGUCUGUCCAGAGCAGGGACCAGAUGAGAGCCAAUGUUAUUAAUGAAAUAAUGAGUACAGAGAGACACUACAUCAAACAUCUUAAAGACAUCUGUGAGGGUUACCUGCGGCAGUGUAAGAAGCGGAGGGACAUGUUUAAUGAUGAACAGCUCAAAGUUAUAUUCGGCAACAUCGAGGACAUUUACCGGUUCCAGCUAGGUUUUGUCAGAGACCUGGAGAAACAGUACAACACAGAGGAGCCACAUCUCAGCGAGAUCGGACCCUGCUUCCUCGAACAUCAAGAUGGGUUUUGGAUCUAUUCGGAGUAUUGUAACAAUCAUGUGGACGCCUGUAUGGAGCUCUCACGACUCAUGCGGGAUGGGCGGUACCAGCACUUCUUUGAAGCAUGCCGAUUGGUGCAGCAGAUGAUUGACAUUGCGAUUGAUGGGUUUCUGCUGACGCCAGUCCAGAAGAUCUGUAAAUACCCUCUACAGCUUGGAGAGUUGCUCAAGUACACAGUUCAGGAACACAGUGACUAUCGGUAUGUUGCUGCGGCAUUGGCUGUGAUGCGGAACGUGACACAGCAAAUUAACGAACGCAAGAGGAGACUUGAAAACAUCGACAAAAUCGCCCAAUGGCAAGCAUCUGUUCUAGAUUGGGAGGGCGAGGAUAUUCUGGACCGUAGCUCUGAGCUGGUGUACACUGGGGAGUUGUCCUGGAUCUAUCAGCCUUAUGGGCGGAGUCAGACUCGAGUCUUUUUCCUGUUUGACCAUCAGAUGAUCAUCUGUAAGAAGGACCUGAUUCGCAGAGACAUUCUGUACUAUAAGGGGCGAAUCGACAUGGACCGUUAUGACGUGGUGGAUGCUAUUGACGGGCGAGAUGAUGACUUCAACGUUAGUGUGAAGAAUGCGUUCAAACUUAGCAACAAGGACUCUGAAGAAAUUCAUCUGUUUCUGGCCAAAAAGCUAGAGGAGAAAAUUCGUUGGCUGCGAGCCUUCCAUGAGGAACGUAAGAUGGUUCAAGAAGACGAAAAAAUUGGGUUUGAGAUUUCUGAAUAUCAGAAGCGUCAGGCUGCCAUGACAGUGAGGAGAGUAACCAAGCAGAAAGGUAUGACAUCAUGUGUGGGUCAGGGUCGGUCUGUACCCCCUGCUUACCCUCCCCCUCUGGACCCACUGAGUCCGGGGCAGUACCUUCUCCCAGACGGGUUGGGCCAGGCAGAUGGGUACGAGUACGGGGAACCAAAACGCAGCACAUCUCCCUUCUGGCAGAACUUCAGCCGGUUAGCCCCCUUUAAGAAAUAA